GGGUCAGCAAUAAAUGCCAGGCUUAGGAGUGAUAGCCCGACACUGUCCCAGCAACAGUCCAUACCCCGAGACCUUGUCUACGGACCGCCAGCUGUGCUUCUUCACUGACAAAGUCGACAGCCAUGGCAAUGCAGAAGAUCUUUGCAAGAGAAAUCCUAGAUUCUAGGGGGAACCCCACAGUGGAGGUAGAUCUAUACACAGCCAAAGGCCGAUUCAGAGCUGCUGUGCCCAGUGGGGCCUCCACUGGGAUUUAUGAAGCUCUGGAAUUGAGAGAUGGAGACAAAAGUAGAUACCUGGGGAAAGGAGUACUGAAGGCUGUGGAACAUAUCAAUAAGACUUUGGCCCCUGCAUUACUGGAGAAGAAAUUGAGUGUUGUGGAUCAAGAAAAAAUAGAUAAAUUCAUGAUUGAACUUGAUGGGACAGAGAACAAAUCCAAGUUUGGGGCCAAUGCCAUCCUGGGUGUGUCUCUGGCUGUGUGUAAGGCAGGAGCAGCAGAGAAGGGUGUCCCUCUCUACAGACACAUCGCAGACCUCGCUGGGAACCCAGAACUUGUGCUGCCAGUGCCGGCUUUCAAUGUAAUCAAUGGGGGAUCCCAUGCUGGAAACAAGUUAGCCAUGCAGGAGUUCAUGAUCCUGCCAGUAGGGGCAGCAUCAUUCAAAGAGGCAAUGCGAAUUGGGGCUGAGGUCUACCACCAUCUAAAGGGAGUCAUCAAGGCCAAGUACGGGAAGGAUGCCACAAAUGUAGGUGAUGAGGGUGGAUUUGCUCCCAACAUUUUGGAGAACAAUGAAGCCCUUGAAUUGCUGAAAACAGCCAUCCAGGCAGCUGGUUACCCAGACAAGGUGGUGAUUGGCAUGGAUGUUGCUGCCUCCGAGUUCUACAGGAAUGGGAAAUAUGAUCUUGACUUCAAAUCUCCCGAUGAUCCUGCCCGGCACAUCUCUGGGGAGAAAUUGGGGGAGCUAUAUAAGAGCUUCAUCAAGAAUUACCCUGUGGUUUCCAUUGAGGACCCCUUUGACCAAGAUGACUGGGCAACCUGGACUUCAUUCCUUUCUGGAGUUGACAUCCAGAUUGUGGGUGAUGACCUCACUGUCACCAACCCCAAGCGAAUUGCCCAGGCUGUGGAAAAGCGAGCCUGUAACUGCCUCCUACUGAAAGUCAACCAAAUUGGUUCUGUCACUGAAUCCAUCCAAGCUUGCAAAUUGGCACAGACUAACGGCUGGGGAGUGAUGGUCAGCCACCGAUCUGGGGAAACUGAAGAUACCUUCAUAGCUGAUCUAGUGGUGGGACUUUGCACUGGCCAGAUCAAGACUGGGGCUCCCUGUCGUUCUGAGCGUCUGGCCAAAUACAACCAGCUCAUGAGGAUUGAGGAGGCACUUGGAGACAAGGCUGUCUUUGCUGGGCGGAAGUUCCGUAAUCCCAAGGCCAAGUAAACGGAGGGAGCCCUUUCCUAGACUGACAGAGGUGUCUGAGUCCUGCACUGCCUCUCUCUACCACUUCUCUCAAUAAAGCCCUUGAACAGCAAAAA